AUGAGCAGUGCAUUCCAGGAUGAAGUCACAAAGUACGGUCAAAUUCUGGAAGACGCUUACGAGAAUGCCCAGAAAGUCUCUUAUUUGAGAAACCGUGAUUGGCUGGAUUCUCCUUGGGAUGACUUCUUCAAGCAUCGCGACCCUCUCAAGCUGGUCCCCACUGGUGUUGAUGAAGACUCACUAAGACAGAUCAUUGAGAAAUUUGGUUCUUAUCCCGAAGGAUUCCAUUUACAUCGUGGUCUGGAAAGAAUUCUCAAGGGGCGCAAGCAGAUGUUGCAGGAG